AUGGCCAACCAGAGCUUCGCCAUGGACGGACCCGGCAGCUUGCUGGCCGGGCUGGCCUCGCAGAGCGGCUCGGCCCGAGGAGGCAGCAGCAGCAGCCACGGCGGCGGCGGCGGCGGGGGAGGAGCAAUCUCGGCCUCAGAUGUAUCUGCGUACUUCAAACUUGUUUUCUUAGGCUUGAUCAUCUGCAUUAGCCUGGCGGGCAACCUUUUGGUCUCUCUGCUGGUCCUCCGAGACCGGACACUUCACAAGGCGCCGUAUUUCUUCCUGCUGGAUCUGUGCCUGGCCGACGCAGUGCGCUCGGCCGCCUGCUUCCCUUUCGUCCUGGUGUCGGUCCACAACGGCUCGGCGUGGACUUACAGCGCCUUGAGCUGCAAAGUGGUGGCGUUCAUGGCCGUGCUCUUUUGUUUCCACGCUGCCUUUAUGCUCUUCUGCGUGGCCGUCACCCGCUACCUUGCCAUCGCCCACCACAGGUUCUACGCCAAGCGCAUGACGAUCUGGACCUGCGCCGCUAUCAUUUGCAUGGUGUGGACUCUGGCGGUGGCCAUGGCCUUCCCGCCCGUCUUCGACGUGGGGACGUACAAGUUCAUCCGGGACGAGGACCAGUGCAUUUUUGAACACCGCUACCUGAAGACCAACGACACCCUGGGCUUCAUGCUCAUGCUGGCCGUGGUGGUUCUGGCCACGCACGGCUUCUACGCCAAACUGCUGCUCUUCGAGUACAGGCACCGCAAGAUGAAACCCGUCCAGCUGGUGCCGGCCAUCAGCCAGAACUGGACUUUCCACGGUCCCGGCGCCACCGGCCAGGCGGCGGCGAACUGGAUCGCCGGGUUCGGCCGGGGCCCCAUGCCGCCCACUCUGCUGGGGAUCAGGCAGAACCUACACAAUCAACACCGGCGCCUGCUGGGGAUGGACGAGGUGAGGUCCGAGAGGAGGCUGGGCCGCAUGUUCUACACCAUCACCCUGCUCUUCUUGGUCCUGUGGGCUCCCUAUAUCGUGACGUGCUUCUGGAGGGUGUUCGUCAAGUCGUGCAGCAUCCCUCACAAGUACCUCUCCGUCACCGUGUGGAUGAGCUUUGCCCAGGCCGGAGUCAACCCCAUCUUCUGUCUCCUGCUCAACGAAGAUCUGAGAAAAGUGCUGCGAGCCCACCUGCCCGCCUAUUGGAGGACUAAACAACACCUGCCCCAGGAUGAGGCCUACUGCAUCAUGUGAAGGGGGGGGGCCCGGAGAAUGUGCUUUGGAGCCAACCAGUGCAGGCACAGUGCCAUUUCAACAAAGAAUGUCGAUAUUUGUGCCAGAGGUUUUUGGAGGGGCCCGCUCAGCCAAACUCAAUUGCCUCGUGAUGGAUUAAUAGGUAAGCUCAGCCCGGAAAAGUGAGACCGAUGCCAUUUUUAAUAUCAUGUUGCCUUACUUCAGCGCGACACACAUCAGUGUCUGUGUCACUCAAGGCACAAAACUGAGCAUUAGGACUACCGGAUAAAAUGUUUUGAUUGGAACAUUGCAGACUUGAAAGACAGCAAAAAAGAAUUUGGAGAGUUUGAGUGAUGGAGCGACCACCCCGGGACUCCGAUUUGUGCUAACGGAAGGAGACUCUUCGGAAUCGAAGAAAGCGUUUUAAUAGCAGUUAUGAACCCUAACAUGCUUGAGGUUUUUUUUUGGACUUCAUUUAGGGUACGUUACAUUUCUUUGUGUCAUAAGAAAAAAAAAAAUGCCUGUUUUUCUUUAUUUGUAAACGAUACAUGUUAAGCAGAUGACCCUAUUUUGAAAUAUGAAUUGAUUUCAUAUUGUAAAGGCUGUACAGGAACGUUAAUUCCUGCUUGUGUGUGUUUUUAUAUCUCAUUUUUGCGUAGGUGUGUGAGGAUAAGCCUGCUCUGAUGUUGCCAUGUUAAAACUCCUGCUGUGUCAUACUUAGGCCUGGAACACACGUAAAGAUUUUUUUUUCAAAUCAUCGUUUAUCAACCGACGAUAACAAGUCACAAUUUCUCCCCUCAAAAAUGAAGACUUUCAGUUGUAAAUCUUUAACAUGUUUAUUAAUAUUUAAGGUUGGUGCACCAAACCAUUUAGACCCAAUUAUUGGGACAAAUUCACUCUUAACUCAAACCGCAGGAUAUUCUUAAAGGAUUAUUUGAUUAGGUUGAGUAGAAGCCAAAUGAUGACAAAAACAAACUCAUUGUCUUUGUGUGUGUACCAGGCCUUGUACCAGUCAGAAAAUGUGAGAGAGCUAAAUGAUGUUUAUUUUCAACAACAAAAAAAAGUCAAUAAGAACUGUAAUAGUGUGGCUUGCGUAUGAAACAAGCCAUCAAAUGAAGAUGUGUCUUCAAAAUGGAUUCCAAUACCAUAAACAACAUCAGAUAUUUAACAUUAAAAGGAAACUAAACCCAAAUCAAUUUAAAAGCAAAAACGCCAUGUUGGCGCCAGCACUUGUCAAAACAAGGUAGGACCCUCUGAUUCAUAUUGCAGUGAGAAUGAACUAGAUAAUUAAUCAACGUAAAGGGGGAGGGCGCCAUGUUGGGGGAAAACAGAAUGAGCCGUACUGAAGCUGUUUUAUUUUUACACAUUAUAAACCAAUUAAAAGUGAAGAAAGUGCUUGAUAAAAAACAGGGAGAAUUGUUGUAAAACUUUGCCUCAUUUCUCACACUUGAGAACUUGGAUUUGUUGUCAAUAAGUGAAAGUAAUUAGGUUUGAUACAUUUGAGUACACCUGUUUCAUUCCAAAUGGCUUGCAGCAAGGCAAAGUCAACAUACCAAAACAAGAAAUACAGUUUGCGACCAUUAAAGCUGUUUUGUGAAUGUCUGGCAAACAUCUUUGCAAUCUUAAACAAACGCUGACAAAAAAAAAUAUUUGCUAUGUGUGCAAAAACUCGCAAACCUUCACCGCUCAGUGACAUACGAGCUUCAGUAGGAAUUUGAAGUGUGUCAGCGUUAAAGUUAACACUAGACUCGGCUAAUGGCCGACAGCAACCAUGUGUCGCUUGUCGUUGCUGAACAUUUACCAAGUAUGUUUUGUCAGUAAAAAAAAAAAGUUUGCAUAAUAUGCGGGAACGUCACAUUCUUACAAAUUCUCACUGACGAUGAAAAAGCAAGCCGACCCCUAAGUGACUAGCUGCAAUGUUUUAAACUAGACUUAUGUGAACAGCAGUUUAUCAAUCAGAUAAACACGUUCAAAACACAACUGACAUCUUGGGUUUAGCUCCCCUCUAAUGUAAGUAUAACAAAAAUGCAAAACUAUGGGUGAAUCUUAAAAUGAGAGGAAACAGUCCACUUGAAAUGGCUAAUGGUGAUGUACAUUGUAUUCCAAAUAUGCAAAUAUUUGCAGAUCUGUGAUGUUGGGAAAUGUUUUUCAAGUAACUAUGAAUGACGAAACGCAGUGGGAGUCGAUGUGGAAGAGCGAACACUGAAUGUUUGCGAGCCUGCUCAUGUUUCCCUCCCAUGUGAGAGUCUGGAUCAAAGUUUCCGAGCCAGAUAGUCCCGCUGCAAGUCAAGUCGCCGAGUCUCCAAUUUGAGAUUUGCGCCAUGCAAAUCUUUGACCUGUGCGGUCAAUCUCGAACGUGGGGGGGGGCAGGGCUAACUUGUACAGAUGUUGAUAUGGAACGUCCAAGCAAAAAGUGUAAUGAGGUCUGUGAUUUUUACAUCAAGCAUUGCUUUGCGAGGUGAUCUUGUGUAAAC